UUAACACGAGCCGAGCACCAGACCAUAUUGGACGCAUGAAUAUUUCUAAGAGCUUCUACGUCGCUCUUUUUGCAAUACGUUUACGACACUAUGUUUGAAAUUAUUAAAUGGAUUCGACAAUUUUUAAGGAUCGAUUGAAGAUUGAACUGUGAAUUACAAGAACGUGUAAUCACGAAGGAAUUCGUGCUAGCUUUCGAGGGAUCUAGCGUGUGGAAUACUCAGCACGAUAUUGGUGACACGUGAAUAGUGUAUAUACGAGAGACUUUCGUUAAAAUUAAUUUAGAGAUUUGCAAUCGUGACAAUGACAGAUUUUUAAUCAAUGCGGCUUAUUGAUAGCAGUGGACAGUGAAAACGUGUGUGUUCUUCUUAAGCCGCAACAGUAUAGUGUUACUGUAACUUUUUAUUUUAUUUUAUAGAACAAAAAUAUUUUGAUACAUAUUAAAAUGAGCGUAGCACUUGUGUCCAUGGAAUCGACGUAUGGUCUGCGACUGGGACAACGACUCACCAGUCACCAUCACCAUCAUCAUCAUCAUCGUCAUCAUGUGUUGUCGCCAGAGAGCCACGUAGUACCGCAUCAACCGGAUCAUCCGCCGGAUCGCCAGCAGGAAACCGAGGCACCAUUGCAUUUCAGCGUUGUUAACAUUCUCAGGCCAGAUUUCGGUCGCAAAGCCAUUCUGAAUGAGAAACAACCUGCGUCUACUAUAUCGUUACAAUUACCACGAAGCAGCCCAGUUCCACUUCCACGUGACCUCAGUCUAUCGUCUCGAUUGUCACCGCAGUCGGUCCACAAAGAAAAGGACAAUUUCCCAUCUCACAAUGGUCUUACGUCACCUUUACUCAGGCAAAAUGGACUGAGUCGAAGCGGCAGUUUAGAAAGUCUCGCAUCCAGCAGGAGCUCAGUCACCAGUAGCACGGUUACCGGUCCAGUCUCCUUAUGUUCCACAAUCGGCAGCGAGUCUCUAAACGGCGACAACACAUCCGGUGGCAGUAAUACAUCGACAAAUCAACAAAACGGCACUAACGGCCAGUUAUGGCCUGCUUGGGUGUACUGCACCAGAUACUCGGACAGACCAUCCUCUGGACCGCGCACGAGACGAGUGAAACGUUCGCAGAGCACCAAAACCAACCCAGCGGAAGAGAAGAGGCCCAGGACGGCCUUCAGCGCGGAACAACUGGCCAGGCUUAAGCGGGAAUUCGCGGAGAAUCGAUAUUUGACAGAGAGAAGAAGGCAGCAGCUCUCGCGGGAUUUGAGUUUGAAUGAGGCGCAGAUCAAGAUCUGGUUUCAGAAUAAGCGGGCGAAGAUAAAGAAGGCGAGCGGACAGAAAAAUCCAUUGGCCCUCCAGCUAAUGGCGCAAGGUCUUUACAACCAUUCCACCGUGCCGGUGGAUGAGGAUAGCGACGAGAUUGUGACCGGAAGGAAUCAUUGAGACUCGCAUAAAUUCAAAUAGCAGUAACGAAACGAAGAGUUAGAGACUAGAAUGAUAUGUGGCCGCGUUUAAAAGCCGUCGUCAGCGUUGAACGCAGUCGACGAAGAAAAAGUCGAUAAAAUAUUAUUUAUGAAGAAAUACCGAAUAUAUAAUAAUCAUUAUGAUUGAAUAAAGACUGAGGACAGAACGGGAGGAAAAACGUAAACAGUAACGAGGAAUGAAAUCUGUUUUUAUAGUGCAAUUGAACAGUAUAACUGAUAGCUAAGUAAAUCGACAUGCUUAAUGAUAAAUAGGAUCUUUUUAUUAAAAAAAAAAC